AUGGCCUCUAUCAAGUCUAUCAAGCGACCUGCCCACAAUGUUGACGAGUGGAUUCAGCUGGCCGACUCUAACAAGUUGCGCAAUGAGCGCAUUGUAGAGACGUCAAAUAUUCUCCUCAAAAACCUCGAUGACUUGGAGAUGAAAGGCGAAUGUCGCUAUCUCACAGAGAGAAUGGAACAGGUCAAGGUCCUAAAGGCAGAGCAGGAUAUGAGUCAAAACAACCCUGCAACAACACCUGAAGAAGGGACAGCCUUGCAGGACAAGAUCAACAAGCUGAGGUUUGAGGGCAACGCCGUGUCGCUGUGGCUCGAGAUGUCCGAUGGUGAACGCAUGACGGUCUGCCGGGUAUUUGAUAGACAGAAUUGCUUCAAUGGUCACCAAAUGAGCAAACAAUUGCUCCAGCGGCUUUGGAAGCUGGAGAAGGUGGAGAUGAGGCCUAAUGAAGAGAUCUUGCGAAAGCUCCGGGAGUUCUUCAUGGACUAG